AUGUCAUGCAGGUGUCUUGUCGCUUUGGGUAUCCUAUCGGCAUUUCCUGGUUUCACCCGCCCAGUCGCCCGUGUUGGAAAGAUCAAUGAAUGCUGCAUCCAACACAAACGAGCAGCGUUUACGAAUCGUCAAUUGGUGUUUCAUCGACGAAACUCAUUCACUGUCCUAGUCAGUGACACUAAUAUGAGCGGCCGUCAAGUCCACAACCGCGUGUCUCCACUGAAACUGACGAGAGAGCUUGUCUUGAGCUGCCUGCGUGCUCCCAAUGCGCCAUCGCACGGGAAGCCGAGGCCAGAGAGCCCUUGGGUGUUGGUCGAGGACAUGAUCGCUCCCAGUGCCGAAGUCGAUAUGCACAGUCUCCGGGACGUCAUGGACUGGCUCGAUGCUUUAGCGGACCAGGAACACCAAAGGAUUGACUGGUCCCCAGGAUACGACCAGCAGGAGUCGCUCUUCUCCAAUAAAUAA